AUGGCACCUAAUGGAGAGACUAUUGUUGGCUCUAACUACUCUAGGACCAACAACUUCUCCAAGUCCAAGCCACCAAGGCUCUCAUUCUCAUCCGAUAGCCUUAAAAGAACUGUAUCCGAUAUCUCAUAUGAGCUAAGCAAAGAAGCUGUUGAUCAAGAUUUGAAAUCCCUCCCACCAAUUUCAGAGGUUGAAGAUGCGAAGUGUGAGUGUUGUGGCAUGAGCGAAGAAUGCACGCCGGAGUACAUAGAUCGAGUGAGAGAUAAAUUCUUGGGGAAGUGGAUAUGCGGGUUAUGCACUGAAGCAGUGAAAGAGGAGUUGGAGAAAAAUGGAGGAGAUAAAGAAGAGGCCUUGAAUACACAUAUAAGUGCAUGUGUUAGGUUUAACAAGUACAGUAGGCCUUAUCCAGUUUUGUUUCAAGCUGAGGCCAUGAGGGAGAUGUUGAAGAAGAGCAAAAUGGAAGGGAGAGGUAUGAGGGCCAAGUCGAUUAGCCCGAGGGACAAAGGAGGGGCAAAGGGAAAGGGAGGGAUUACUCGGAGUUCGAGUUGCAUUCCGGCGAUUACGAGGGAAAUGAAUGAUCUCUCCAUGGCUUGA